UCUCUCUCUACCCAACCACAGCCACAACCUCAACCUUAAAUACCACCGCUACCCACUUCCCCUGCUCCACCGCAUCGCCCUCUGCAACUUUCACACCAUCCUCUGUUUCUCUCUCUAAUUCCCUUUCUCUCUCUCGCUCUAUAGUUUCGUCCUUUUUUUUAGGGCUUCCUGGCCUUGUAAGUUUGAAUAUCAAUAUUCGCCCGCUCCGCCCUGCAACUAGGGGCCAUUGUCGUUCCCUGUUUCUAGAGAUUGUCUCUCUAGAAACUACACGACUGGGCCGUGGGAUUAGUAUGAGAAAGGGCGGCGAUGGACGAGCAGCAGAUCAGCCAUCGACGCCUCGACGCAUCCAGGCCGACCCUUGGCUUCCCUUUAGGCACCGCUCUCUUACUCAUCUUGAUCUUCUCGAUAAGCGCCUUCUUCUCUUGUUGUUACCAUUGGGACAAAAUCCGAAAUCUCCGUCGACCCUCCUCCGCCUCUGCUCCCCCCUCCGCCUCGCUCUCUCCUCCCCUCCGAUCUCCUCCCUCCCCUGCAAAGGGUUCGAAGGUGAAUUCGAGCAUGAGCCUACCGGUGUUGAUGCCCGGAGAUAGGAUACCCAAGUAUAUUGCGUGGCCGUGUCCAUGUAAGUGCCCUGCGCCGAACACAGUCGCAGUACAUGUGCAGGAGUGAGAGGAGAGAUGACACCAUGCUGCCCUUUUAGAGAGAGAAAACCGCUGGCUCUGUACAUUUUCAGUGCGAUUGAGACGAGAAGAAAGAUAAUAGACGCCGCCGCUCGUGAUCUAAGGGCUGUCUUUCUCUCUCUUCUCCGUGUCCACCUAUUCUUUCUCUCUCCUUGCGUCUCUUCUCUCUCUCUCUUACCCUUUCUAUAUUGUCUCUGAACGUUUGCAAUGUGGUUCUCAAAUAUUGGUUGGUUCUCUAAAGAUGUAGCAAUCUUAGUUUGGAGGACUGACCGAUCUAAAUCGGGGGCUUGUAAUAUUACCAAUCAAUUAUUAUUAUUAUUUUUUAAUCUAUGCA